GGACGCGGGGGUCGCGGUGCAGAUGGCGCUUUCCCGAAUAGGAAUACAGAUCGGUCCCACCACGAGUCUGGGACGGCUCAGGCUUCAGCGCUACAGGUCCACCACCUCCACCUUGCACCUUGACACUCAUCAUGGCAGCCACACGGGGGCAGCCGCUGUCCAUUGAGAGCUUGCUGCAGAAGCAGAAGGAGGAGAAGGAGGCAUCUUCCAAGCCGAGAUUCUUGACUAAGGAGCAGCGCGCAAAGCUCGCGGUCGAGAAGCGCGAGCAGGAGAUACGGGAACAGAAGGAGCGGGAUGAGCAGGCUAAGCGUGACCGCGACCGGUUAGAGCGCGAAGCUGAAGAAAUCAGGGCCAGAGACCGCGAGAGGGAGCGGACGAGCAGGUACGGCGAUAAUGGCAGAUAUGGUGACAGGUAUGAGCGGGACAGGGGAAGAGAUGAGAGAGGGGUGGAUGGGAGAUAUGGGAGACGGGAUGACCGCAGGGAUCGACGACCGCAAGACGACAGACGCUCUGGCUCGUAUCAAGGCGUCCCAACUGGUCCUCGUGCAGAACGAGGUAAAGCUCCCCCAACCGGCCCAUCAGCGAACAGAGACGUAUCUAUGCCUCCCCCUCCUCCUCCCGUAAGCUCGACUGGCAACGGUACCACUGAUUUAACGACCCCAUCCGCGGCGUAUGUUCCGCCCAUGACGGAAAACGAGAUUGACGCGAUCCGCUCCCGCUACCUCGGCGUCGACAAGAAGAAGCGGAAGAUUCGCAAAAUGAACGACCGCAAGUUCGUCUUCGACUGGGACGAGCAAGACGACACGUUCAAUGCGGAGACGCCUGCAGCCGUAGGUAGUCAGCGGCAGGGAGCGCAAAUCAUGUUCGGUCGUGGGCACAUUGCUGGCAUGGACGACGGUGGAGGCGUGCCUUCUGGCAGCAGGCGGAAUGGGAAUGAGAACGUCAUGCAGCUGGUUGACCCUCUUGAACGAAGAAAGGCGGCCAAGAGCGGCCUGGACGAGAGGCACUGGUCGGAGAAGCCCCUCGAAGAAAUGAAGGAGCGGGACUGGCGUAUCUUUCGAGAAGACUUCAGCAUCGCUACCAGAGGUGGUACAAUCCCGCAUCCCAUUCGUUCAUGGUCCGAGUCCGAUAUCCCUUCACAAAUUCUGGAUAUCGUUGAGCAUAUUGGUUACAAAGAACCAUCUCCCAUUCAGCGACAAGCCAUUCCCAUCGGUCUGCAGAAUCGUGACAUCAUUGGCAUUGCAGAGACCGGAUCCGGUAAGACUGCUGCUUUCGUCAUCCCCAUGCUUGCGUUCAUCUCCAACCUGCCGCCCUUCACCGACGAGAACAGACAUCUCGGUCCUUAUGCCCUUAUCAUGUCGCCGACGCGUGAGCUGGCACAGCAGAUCGAGUCGGAGGCGAAGAAGUUCGCGGGACCUCUAGGGUUCACUUGUGUAUCCAUCGUCGGAGGACGUGCGGUUGAAGAGCAACAGUUCAACCUCCGUGCUGGUGCGGAGAUCAUCAUCGCUACCCCCGGUCGUCUGAAGGAUGUCAUUGAGCGACAUGUCAUCGUCCUCUCUCAAUGCCGGUAUAUCGUCAUGGACGAGGCCGACAGAAUGGUCAACCUCGGUUUCGAAGUCGAUCUCACCUUCAUCCUCGACAAGCUCCCCAGCGACACGAUGGAGGGCGAGGACCAGGGCGAGCAUAUGGAUGUCGAUGGCGAAACCAUGAUUAAGAAGGGGCGCAACCGCGUUACGACGCUGUUUAGUGCAACGAUGCCACCACCCGUCGAACGGCUAGCAAAGAAAUACCUGAAAAGGCCAGCAAUCAUCACUAUUGGUGAGGCGGGCAGGGCCGUGGACACGGUCGAGCAAAAUGUGGAGUUCGUCAACGGAGACGAGAAAAAGAAGCAACGGGUGCUGGAGAUCCUCAACAGUGGGACCUAUCCCUCACCUAUCAUCGUCUUCGUCAAUCAGAAGAAGACGGCAGACAUGGUUGCGAAGGAUCUUCAACGUGCAGGAUGGAGUGCUGCAACGUUGCAUUCAGGCAAGAACCAAGAGCAGCGAGAGGCCGCGCUCCAGUCGCUGCGUACGGGCGACUCCGAUGUUCUCGUCGCAACCGACCUUGCAGGUCGUGGGAUCGAUGUGCAGGAUGUCAGUUUGGUCAUCAACUACCAAAUGGCCAAUACUAUCGAGGCAUACGUUCACCGUAUUGGUCGUACUGGUCGUGCCGGCAAGCAAGGUACCGCGAUCACCCUCCUGUCGAACGACGACGAAGAAGUAAUGUACGUCCGAUCAUUGCUCUGUUUCAGUUUCUCCUUAUCUGACCGUGUAUCAAUCACGCACCAACUAUGCUCCCGUGGGGAAUGCAGGUACGAUCUGAAGCAAGAGAUCUCGAAGAGCCCGGUGUCGAAAGUGCCCGCCGAACUCGCGAGGCACGAGGCGGCCCAGCACAAGGUGUCGAGGGAGAUGAAGCGCAAGCGGGACGCAGACGACCAAGGCUGAGCGUCAGCCAAUUGGUCAUGUGGGGGAUCUGCGCUGCUGUGGAAGGGAGAUCAUUCGUCACCGCGAGUGGGUGUAGGGUCUGGCAGCAUGUAUAUGAACGAACGUGUGGUGAGAGACUUGUCGUAAUGUGUAUCCCUCAGUGUCAUUUGCCUGACACCAUCGUCCGUUCGCACUUCCUCCGUUCAAAGAUUGUGCAAAGCAAAUCGUAAA